AUCAGCACAAUUUAAAAAGACCAUAAAUUCGGUAGCACUAGAAGAAGACAGAACUGAAGAUCAGGUACCAGAUAUUACUGGAACUGAAAAUAUCGAUAUUAUGACUACAUCAAUGGAUGAGAUUGAUGACCUUCCUGUAAUUGAAGAAGAACAGGUUAAAUUAAACAAAGUGCAAAGCGAUGUGCCAGUAGAAGUUGCUACAGCGGAAGAGCCUGAGCCUACUGAAAAAGUUGGUAAGGAACCUGAACCAUUUGAACUAGAAGAACCGCUAACUCCAAAGCAUCCGAUUGAAAUGGAUAUGGUUGAUGAUGAUGAACAAAAACAUGAAGGAGAAAUCGAGGAGAUUUUUACAGAUGCAAUAUCGAACGAAGCGGCAUCCACACCACAAACACCCAUCGAAGGUAAGCCACUUGAAAAGCUUUUUUUAAAGAACGAUUCAUUCCGCCAGAGAGGUCCUCCACCUCGUCUUCCUACUUACUCUUCAUUUUCAUCUCAUACACCAGUAGAAACAGAUUCUUACAAGCAAAUUAGCCCAUGGGUACAAAACAAUGUUCAUAAAUAUCGUAGUGAAUAUACUGCCAUGCCGAAGUAUAUGCCAACUUCCACUCUUUUAUCACAAUUUGAUGAUAUUGUCCGAUCAGGACCGUUUUCAAUGAAUCUUUAUUCGGCUAAUCGUCUUCUGGAACGCUCACGCAGCCGAACUCGAGAACGUAGAAGUGCAAUGCGCUCACAGCGCUCAGCUAGCAAUUAUUACCGAUACAUGUCGAAUUAUGCAACAGCUCCGAUCCGCACUAGAGAUUAUUCUACCCCACCGUUAUCUGCGUAUAGCAGACCACCUUCACGCUCUGGAUCUUUUAUUUCAUUUAUGGAGUAUAGCGGCGCGAAACAAUAUGAACUCUCUCGUGAUGCUAGUCGUUCAUCAAUCUACAAUGGACUUCUAUUGUUCUUAUUAUCAUAUAUUUCGCGGUCAAACUUGGAUCUUUUCUACGAUUCAGGGCGUCUUUCAAGAGUUGAUAGCUAUGUGAAAAGUUUAGACAACCAGUAUGAUCGAAAUAUGCCCAGCAGUUAUGGCAUUUAUCGAUCAACUUCUCGUUCAUAUUUGCCAUACGAUUAUAAGCCAAUCAAUGGAUAUAAGACAUAUACUCCAACAUAUAUCAACAACACUGAACCAACUCGUUUCAACAAUUAUGCUCAACAAAUAAAUAGAAAUGUGCGUAGUAUGUAUGAGGUUCGUUCUUUUUUUAUUUUUUUAAAGUUUGAAUCCGUCAUCUAUUUUUAA